AAACCUACCAUGAUAAUUGAAGACUAUGAGAUUAUUGUGUGUAAAAUGUAGUCCUGAUGGAUAGCAUUUGAAUUCCCAAGAUACAACGCAGUAAUUUUUUUUGGUUUUCAUAGCAGAAAAUUUUUUGGUGCUUUUGAACAAACUUCAAGUCUGUUAUUUACUGCGGAGUACCAAGUAAGAGAUUCUCAUUAGCAGAUAAGAGAAAGCACAAUAUCAUGUCUUUACAGGAGAAAACUAUGUAUUUCAUUAAGGUAGGGUGACAAAACCCAAGCGUGAAACCUCUGAAUGGGUCUGGCAGGAAGAUACCCUAUUUUACACAGUAUUCUGUCCUUACAUAAAGUUGUUCUCUAGUUGGCAUCUCUUAGAAAAUGGCUGGAUUUGACCCACUUAGUUAAGUAGGUCCAGGAGGGGCAGAGACUUGGAGCUUAUUCAUUCAUUUUGGGAGGAAGCCUAGAAUAGUCAAUAGUUCAAUAGUAUAAAGGUAUGAUGAUAGUAUUAGGUGCAUAUCCUGUAAUGUACUUGGAAUCCUAAAAACUGGGGUAAGUCCGAGGUAAGGGGUUGCAUGACUCCAAUUUAUCCCUGGUUUUUGUCUUCAUUGUCUGCACUGCUGUUAGGUUUUGUGAAGCCUUUGUCUUCUCUAGUUAAAAUUGGAGUAGGAAUUAUUCCUUGAUAAAAGGCCGCACCUCAGCUAACUUUCUCACUCAGAAUAUAUUUAGUCAACAUAUAGCUCUUGACACAUACUAAAUACAAGUACAUUACAUGCUUUUGGAGAUACAAAGAUAAAUCGGGCAGACUUUAUUCUUAAAUUGUCUCAUGUAAUGGGGCUGGAGGGGAUGGACCAUCAUUUAAUGGUUGAGAACUGGGGUUCUACAGUCAGACCCAAGCUGAUUCAGAUCCUGGUGUUGCAAUGUACCAGAUAUAUAACCUUGGAAAAAGCUACUCGAUCUCUACUAAACCUUCCAAGGCGACUUAGAGAGUGGGACGUCCGGCUUCUGAGCGGUAACCUUUGUUGCGCUAACGACGAAAAAGAAUUAAAUAUGGGUGAUGUUGAGAAAGGCAAGAGGAUUUUUAUUCAGAAGUGUUCCCAAUGUCACACCGUGGAAAAGGGAGGCAAGUACAAGACUGGACCUAAUCUCCAUGGUAUCUUUGGGCAGAAGACAGGUCAGGCCUCUGGAUUCACUUACACUGAAGCCAAUAAGAACAAAGGCAUCAUCUGGGGAGAGGAUACACUGAUGGAAUGUUUGGAGAAUCCCAAGAAGUAUAUCCCUGGAACAAAAAUGAUCUUUGUCGGCAUUAAGAAGAAGGGAGAAAGGGAAGACUUAAUAGCUUAUCUCAAAAAAGCUACUAAUGAGUAAUAAUUGGCCACUGCCUUAUUUAUUACAAAACAAAUGUCUCAUGACUUUUUUAUGUGUACCAUACUUUAAUAGAUCUCAUACACCAGAAUUUACAUCA